AGGGGAAAAUUCUGGAAAAUUAUAAAUACCGAAGGACUGUGUUCGCUCGCGAGUUUACUUCAGUACUUAUUCAGCAAUAUCUUUGUGAUCUGCAAAAAUCUUGCUUCCGUUCUUUUACAAAGCUGUGCGCAAUGGCAACCGAUACGACAGAGGCUUUCUUAGUGGAAGUGAAUGCUUUAUUCACCUCUCAUGAUAAAGCAAGAAGAGAACAAGCUGAUAUUUGGCUGCAAGCUUUUCAGAAGACGUCAGAAGCUUGGGCUUUAUCAGAUCAAAUACUAAGAUCACAGGUAACACCUGAAACGGCGCGAUAUUUUGCUGCUCGAACAUUUCGGCAAAAGAUAACGCUCGACCUACAUCAACUCGAUGGUACUGCACGAAUUUCUCUUCGCGAUUCGCUUUUGGAAUUGCUUUAUCAAUACCGUGAAGGUCCUCGUAAGAUUAUUACUCAGAUAUGUCUUUCUCUCGUGGCGUUAGCUCUUCAAAUGCCCGAGUGGCAAAAUGUGUUACCUCAAUUUGCAGAAUUAUAUGGUAAAAACCCUGAUACUGUAAAAUGUUUGUUAGAAUUUCUUAAAGUUCUUCCAGAAGAAGUCAAUACAAAUAAUCGUAUACCUAUAUCGGAUGAAGCAUAUCAAAUAAGAUCGAAAGAGUUAUUAACUAAUAAUGCCAAUGAGGUGUUGCAAAUGCUUUUGAUUUAUUUACAAAAUUCGGGCGAAAAUAUUGAUUAUCAAAUACAGGUGUUUGAAUGCUUUGAAAGUUGGCUUUAUUCUGGUGAUAUUGCCAUCGCUAGUUUAGAAAAUAAUCCAUUUUUAGGUCAUUCAUUUGAUGCUUUACAAUCGAACGAAUU